UAAAAAAAAUAUUUCUUAAUUUUCCAGAAACAAUCUGUUCAGAACCUCCAUUAAAUGCUUCAUUCUCCAAACAAAAAUAUUCUCCAAAAUUUUUUAUACCUCCCCAACUUGAUCGAAAAACUAACAAAAAUUUAUUUGGAAGUGUUGCUUUUUAUGUUUGUCCAAAGGGGACAAUUCCUCGAGGAAACAGGAAUUUUGCUAUUUGUGCGGAAAAUGGGGAAUGGACUGAAGAUGUUGAUUUGGCUUGUCUUUGUGGGGUUUUUUUAAAU